AUGUCGGUGCAGGAGAGCUUACCACCACAGCAGUUGUGGUCCUGGAUGUCUAAGUCCCAAAGGGACCUGGCAAAGUCCAUUCUCAUUGGAGCUCCUGGAGGCCCGGCAGGGUACCUGCGGCGGGCCAGCGUGGCCCAAUUGACUCAGGAGCUGGGCACCGCCUUCUUCCAGCGGCAGCAGCUACCAGCGGCCAUGGCAGACACGUUCCUGGAACACUUAUGCCUGCUGGACAUCGACUCAGAGCCUGUGGCCGCUCGAAGUACCAGCAUUAUUGCCACCAUCGGGCCCGCCUCUCGCUCGGUCGAGCGCCUCAAGGAAAUGAUCAAGGCAGGCAUGAACAUAGCGCGCCUCAACUUCUCCCACGGCUCCCACGAGUAUCACGCUGAGUCCAUCGCCAACGUCCGGGAGGCGGUGGAGAGCUUUGCAACCUCCUCGCUCAGUUACCGGCCGGUGGCCAUCGCUCUGGACACCAAGGGACCGGAGAUUCGCACCGGGACCCUCCGGGGGGUGAGAGGCUGUGCCCAGGGCCUAGGUGGGGCUGGGGAGGGGGCGAGGCCCAAGCAGGGGGCUGGGCUGCGGGCAGGGCCCAGAGGAGGGAGAGAGGACGGGCUGGCUCUCUCUAUGCCCACAGGCCCAGAGGGGCUGGUGACCGAAGUGGAGAAUGGUGGUGUCCUAGGAAGCCGGAAGGGGGUGAAUUUGCCUGGCGCCCAGGUAGACCUGCCCAGUCUGUCCCAGCAAGAUGCCCAGGACCUGCGCUUUGGGGUGGAGCAUGGUGUGGACAUCAUCUUUGCCUCCUUUGUGCGGAAGGCCAGCGAUGUAGUGGCUGUCCGGGCUGCUCUGGGACCAGAAGGGCAGGGCAUCAAGAUCAUCAGCAAAAUUGAGAACCAUGAAGGCGUGAAGAAUUUUGACGAAAUCCUGGAGGUGAGCGACGGGAUCAUGGUGGCCCGGGGAGACCUGGGCAUUGAGAUCCCACCCGAGAAGGUUUUCCUGGCUCAGAAGAUGAUGAUUGGGCGCUGUAACUUGGCUGGCAAGCCCGUAGUCUGUGCCACGCAGAUGCUGGAGAGCAUGAUCACCAAGCCCCGGCCGACUAGGGCAGAGACCAGUGAUGUGGCCAACGCUGUGCUCGAUGGAGCUGACUGCAUCAUGCUGUCAGGGGAGACCGCCAAGGGCUGCUUUCCUGUGGAGGCUGUGAAAAUGCAGCACGCGAUUGCCCGAGAGGCGGAGGCUGCCGUCUACCACCGGCAGUUGUUUGAGGAGCUACGCCGGGCAGCGCCACUGAGCCGAGACCCCACCGAGGUCACCGCCAUCGGUGCAGUGGAGGCCGCCUUCAAGUGCUGCGCUGCUGCCAUCAUCGUGCUGACAAAGACUGGCCGCUCAGCCCAGCUUCUUUCUCGGUACCGACCUCGGGCUGCGGUCAUUGCUGUCACACGCUCUGCCCAGGCUGCCCGCCAGGCCCACCUGUGCCGAGGCGUCUUCCCCUUGCUCUACCGUGAAGCUCCAGAGGCUAUCUGGGCAGAUGAUGUGGAUCGCCGGGUCCAGUUCGGCAUUGAAAGUGGAAAGCUGCGUGGCUUUCUCCGUGUGGGGGACCUGGUGAUUGUGGUGACAGGCUGGCGGCCUGGCUCUGGCUAUACCAACAUCAUGCGGGUGCUGAGUAUAUCUUGA